AUGCACGAUGCCCCGCCGAUCCGAAAGGGAACCAUCGAGGACCCGAAGUACGUCGAGGACGAGAUGAGGAAGAUUUGCGAGACCUUGGAAAAGACUCCUCGACAUACCGGUACAACAAACUAUUUCCCGCCGGCUCCAACGACUCCCUAUGGGCCUGGAGAAUUCCCCUAUGGGGAGGGUGAGGAAGAGGAAGAAGGCCCACCCUCGCGUGGAUCUGGCCCUGACCUGUCAGACUGGGAUGUAUUGCAGGAAGAGUGCUGUCUUGAGGGUCAGCCGUCGACACAGGGAAACUCCCCCGUCAAUGCUAAGAUCCCCCAAGAAUCAUUUAAUGGCCCCUGGUCACUAGCUUUCAAUAAGGCCCGCGAAACCGCGCGGAACCUCGGCGGCAUCGCCAAAGAAGUCGUUACAUCUGCCGGAGUGGGGGGCGCCGUUGUGACCGUCUCGAAAGCCGCGCUGGUUACUGCGGCCAUGGGAGCUACGCGUGCCGCUGACAAGAUGGGGCCUGAGGUCGCACAGCGUCUGUAUACAGUCCGCCAGACUGUUGGACUCGCGAGUCGUGAGUAUGGCCCGGCUCCAGGCGAGCGUGCAGAGAUGCGUGAAGCGCGGGAGAAAGCCAGAAAGGAGCGAGAGAAGAGGAAGGAUGAGAAAAUGAGGUUUCCUAAUGGAACACCACCCCCCACGGCGGCCGAGGUUGCGUGGCAGGAGGACUAUUCACGUAUGACCUCUCCACGCCCGGCCUCUGAUCGUCGAGACAGUCGCGCCUCUAGCACAUAUUCACGCCCAACGCUGGACCGUGGACACAGCCGUGCCUCUAGUACGUACUUGACCAGUCCAUACUCCCGCCCAACCUCGGUGAUCCAGCAUCGGAGGAAGUCAACUGCUGUGUUCGAGACGCCUGCGGCUCCCCUUCUCGUCAACCAGUACACCCCUGAGACCCCCUCGCCGCUCACCCGACUUCACAGCAACCGAGUGGCAGAACAGCGCCAGCUUGAUCGAUCCCAGCUAAAGCUCAGCCACAGCGAGGAGCCGGAGACUCCCCUGCCUGCCCGCGUCUCCCAGCAGCAGGUCUACGAGCAGACCCAUGACAUCGACCCUCCCCACCGCAUCCGCUUCGACGACAACACAAACCUCCACGACAGCCCGAAGGAAGAAGACACGUACAAAGAGGACCGCAAGUCGAGUCGCGAGCUAGCGGCGCCCUCCGAAGUCAACUUCGAGGAGCGGCGAGCGUGGCAGAACGAACGUGAUGACAUGGAGGCCCGUGGAGACCGUGUUGACUCGCGAGGUGGUUUCACAGCUGCAAUAAAGUUCGUGGGCCACACUACUCGGACGCGGACGACCGAGACCGAGACUACGACGAUGCGACUAGCCGCCUCGGAACCGAUCAUGAUUCCUAGCCGUAUGAAUGUCCGCGAUGGGUGUGUCUAUCCGUUAUUCCACUGA